AUGGCAGCGGAUUCUGGGUCGGCGCCAAGUCCCCUGAUGCGAGUGGGAGUGCUGGCGCUGCAAGGCUCGUUCCGCGAGCACAUUGCAGCUCUCCUAAGGUGCGCGGCGGACAUGAACGCAGGCAGCAUAGAGCGUGGAGGCCUGCACGGAACUGCACGGAGCUGCGGUCAGUUCAAGCGCUCAUCAUUCCCGUCCGUCCGUCCCUCUCCCCAACCAUUUGCCCCUCCUUCCGCAGCGCUGCGCAGGUGCGCGGCGGACAUGAAAGCGCUAACCAUCGAGGCUGUGGAGGUGCGCACGGACGCGGAGCUGCGCGCAGUGCAGGCGCUCAUCAUCCCCGGCGGGGAGAGCACCACCAUGGCUAACCUCGCCCAGCGAUGCGGACUGCUCGGCGCGCUGCAGGAAUUCGCAGCCUCUGGGCGGCCAGUGUGGGGGACGUGCGCCGGACUCAUAUUCCUGGCUAACAAGGCGCUAGGUUUUUUGGAGGGAGAGGGAGUGGAGAAGGAGGGUUUGGUUUGGGAGGGGGGAAAAAAUUGGGGGAGGGGGGUACACACGGUGUGGGGAAUGAGUGCUGGACCCAUACUCCUGGUGAACAAGGCACGGGAGGAGAGGGGUAGAGGGGAGGAGGGAGGGGAGAGGAGGGAGAGGGGAGGAGGGAGGGGAGAGGAGGGAGAGGGGAGGAGGGAGGGGAGAGGAGGGAGAGGGGAGGACUGGACCGUGGCUGGAAAAAUGCGCUUAGUUAAACAUCAUGAGGGCGAGCAUUGCUUCAGAAAGCUGUCUAUGCAGCAGGGGAAGCUGUCUAUGCAUUGCGUGCAUUCCCCGGUUCAAUGUCUCCCUCCUGAACCUCUUCACAUCUAUACUCGCUCCCUGCUCUCCCCUGUGCUGCAUUCUCUCCCUCCGGACGGGCCUCUGCUCCGGUCCUGGCAGAUCAACAGCUUUGAGAUUCUCCUUCCCUUCCCGCACUGCACUGCACUGCACCUGCUCACCAUCGUUGCAACCCCUGCUAUCAUCCACACCGGCCCUGCUGUUGAGGUGCUGGCGGAGUACCCUCUUCCCAACCGUGCCUCUGCCUUGGACCGGGUGGCAGUGGCGGUGAGGCAGGGCAGACUGUUGGCCACGGCAUUCCAUCCAGAGCUCACAGCCGACCUCAGAUGGCACCGCUUGUUCCUUCAGAUGAUUCUCGACGCACUCCAGUCCUCUCCAGACCUGGCUGUGGCCCAAGCCUCUUCUGCAGGCUCGGCAGGCAACUCUGGUGCCAGCAGUGUGCCGAAUGUGGACCCAGGUGACCUGCCAGUAUUUGGUUCGGCACCAGACCUAAAGAUUGAGCUCAAGCCCGUGCCUCAGUUGUAG